CAGGAAGGGGAUGGAGUAGCUGAUGGUGUCUGUAGCUCUGCACUGGGAGAAGGGGAGGGGAGGCAGGAAGUGGAUGAUAAGGAACAGAAGGGUCAGGGACUGGACAGCUCCUGGGUGUAAUUUCCAGGCUGCAGCACAGCCACAGCGGAGACAAUAACCUGCUCUCCCAGGGGAAGGGAAGACACAGGAAUACGAGGGACGGAAAGGGGCAGGCGUGAAUGUCCAGGUACUCAUCUUGCCCUGAUAGGCUGCAGAAUAGCGUCCACGUUUCACUCCCCAUUGCCCUCCUCUGAUGAAGAUGGGAAAUGGCCACAGGGGAGACGCUCAGGUACCAGUGACCAUAAAGGAAGUGGAGGACUUGUGGCACCUUAGAGACUAACCAAUUUAUUUGAGCAUAAGCUUUCGUGGUCUACAGCUCACUUCAUUGGAUGUGACAGUCUAUUGCACCAAAGGGCAGUAGGUGCUUUUGGACCCUCAUCAGAGGGUCUUCUACAGGGAUGUCAUGCAGGAGAAUUACAAGACUCUGAUCUCCCUGGCAGAUUUUUGGAUCGUGAAUGAGAGUGCAGAGAACCUUCAGCAGAAAGGACUUGAGCGAGGGGAACCAGAUGGAACAAUUUCAGGGAGAUCCGAAGAGAAUGUUUUCCAGAAUCCUGAUCAAGAAAGAGCCCAUGAGAGUUGUAACUGCCCAGAAAGACAGAGGGUAAACUCUCCAAAAGAGAGAGAAAAUCCACUCACCGUGGAUGAGACCUCACAAACAUCAAAGGCACCACUGUCCAUCAGAGAGCUGUCGCCACAGGCAGUCAAUGAACACUAAGUGUUGUGAGAAAAGGUACAGCAGGGGCUCAGGCCUCAAUGGCUGCCGAAGAGCCCCAAUGGGAAAGAAAUCCUAUCCAUGUGCAGACUGUGAGAAGGUCUUCAGCUGGAGCUCAGCCCUGAUCACCCACCAGAGAACCCACACGGGUGAGAGGCCCUACAAGUGCCCUGCCUGUGGGAGAGGCUUCAGCCAGAGCUCCAACCUUGUCAGACACCACCGCACCCACACCGGGGAGCGGCCCUACGAGUGCGGUGAGUGCGGGAAGAGCUUUGGCCUCAACUCCCACUUCCUCAAGCAUCAGCGCACCCACGCCAAGCCCUACCCUUGUGGGGUCUGCCAGAGAGGCUUCUACAGCUCCUUGGCCUUGAGCAGGCACCAGAGAGCCCACGCACAGGAGCAGUGCUACACCUGUACAGACUGUGGGAAGAGAUUUCGGGUGCGCUCGGCACUAGCCCAGCACCGCAGGACGCACACAGGUGAGAGGCCCUUCCAGUGCUCCAACUGUGGGAAGGGCUUCAGCCAGAGCUCCAACCUGCUCACGCAUCAACGCGUCCACACUGGGGAGCGGCCCUUCCACUGCACUGAGUGUGGGAAACGCUUUGCUGUCAGCUCCCACCUCAGCACUCACCAGAGGAACCAUCGCACGGAGCGGCCCUGCCAGUGCACUGCCUGCGGAAAAGGCUUCGCCAACCCUGCCAAGCUACUCGCCCACCAGAGACGCCACACGGGGGAGCGGCCCUUCCAGUGCCCCGAGUGCAGAAAGUGCUUCAGUGACAGCUCCCUCCUGGUGAAACACCAGCGUAUCCACACUGGGGAGCGGCCCUUCCAGUGCCCCGAGUGCGGGAAGAGCUUCAACCGGAACCUGACCCUACUCAGACACCGGAGAGUGCACACCGGGGAGAGGCCCUAUAUCUGCCCUGCCUGCGGGAAGGGCUUCAGCCAGAGCUCCCACCUCAUCACUCACCAGAGAGUGCACACAGGGGAGCGGCCCUACAAAUGCCCCACCUGCGGGAAGGCCUUCAGCCAGAACUCCAACCUGAUCCGGCACCAGAGGAACCACAAGCACCAGGGCACACUGUAACCAGCUCAUCAGCACUUGCCUCACACAAGCGAAAUCUGCACAGGCACACUUUGUGGCAAAAGCUUCAAACAGAGCUCAGACCUUACAAGGAAACAGGGAAGCCACAUGGGGAAGGAAGCGACGGCUGUCAAACAAAUCAAGUCCUACCGUUUGAAUAGUGCCGAGGAAGUGCUGAAAGCAGGAAGUGCUGAAAGCAGCACUGUAGGGAAGUGAUUGCUUGGUGAUGUUUUUGGAUGGAGUAGAAGGAGAAACAAGGUGACAAAAAGAGGGGGAUAUAUCUGAUAAUCUACAGGCAUUUGAAAGGGAUACAUACCAAGGGCAAAGAGAACUUAUUUAGGGUUGCACAACAGAUGCAGCUAACAGCAGCAGGAUGAAAUUAAAAGGGGAAGCAUUUUUUAAAAAAGUUCUUGACAGGACUAUGUAUUAUUGAGCAGUUGGAUAUUAUCCCCAGAAAGCAAUGGUAGCUUCCUCAUUUGGGACUUUUUGAAAUGUGUUUUUCAGGUUAAUAUACUAUAGGGAGACAGGGAGAUGGAUCAGAUGAAUUAAUGAGUCCUUUCUACCUCUCAUGUCUCUGAUUCUCUCAAAGGAGGGAACAAAGGCAAAGUUGCUAAAAACUAUGGUGGUAAAGGAAGGUGAAUUUGUUUUAAUCUCAAGUCUAUUGAAUGACCCAACCUAUCCUUAAAAUAUGUUAUUUACUGAUACUGGAUACAUGAUUCCUGCCAUCCUUCUCUCCAGAACAAUAGGGUAAGCCAUCUUGUUUAGACAGUUUUACUAACCUAUUUAAUGCUGGUAUUUUUAUUGUAAAGCUAAGUGAUAUCAGAGACCAGAACAGAAUGCAAAUAAGUUUCUCUACCUCUCUAAGAGGAGUAAGAAUUUAAGGCUUCCCAAUUUUAAGCCCAGAUAUGCAAAUUAGACAGAACUUGUUCCAGAAAGGAAGGUAUCUGAGGACUAAAGCCACAGACAUUACAGUCCUUACCUUGCCGAGAGGAGCAUUAUCUAUCAACAAAAUCAUAUGUUAACUGGAAAGGAGAAAUAAUUGGACAAAAUUACAGCAAGGAUAUGUGGAUUGUGAGUGGUAUAAAAAGGACUUUCCAUACAAAUUGCAGAGAUUGAAAAAGAAACAUUCACAUAGGAGCAGUUUGGUUCACUGAUACUAUUUUGUAAUUCUCUUCAGUUAGUUCUGUCUUUUCAAACGUUUCCACUACUUUCUGCACUGUGAUUUUACUAUCUGAAUUGUCGCUGUACAUCUUAGCUCUUCCCCCGACUCCUCAAAGACAGACCAAGUAUUUUUAGGACUAAGAACCCUCCCCUUUUACUAAAGCAGCCUAGACAUGAAAUUAUCAGCACCCGUAGAUGGUUUCUUAUUUAUGCACAUUAAUAUCCGAUGAAGUGAGCUGUAGCUCACGAAAGCUUAUGCUCAAAUAAAUUUGUUAGUCUCUAAGGGGCCACAAGUCCUCCUUUUCUUUUUGUCUUGUAUUGGUAUCCUGAUAGCAUACUUACAAAAAUGCAUUGUUUUGUUCACCGUUAAUGGUAUGUGCACUCAGGAGAGAGCCUAAGGAAAGCUAUGAAUUUGUAUGUUGACAGCAACAAAAUGAAUCUGGAAAGGAUUAAAUCCAUACAUCUGUUGGUCCUUCAUUCUUCUAGGCUGGUAUUUGCUGUUUGCCCCAAUUUAAGUGUUCAUUCCAGCAGCACAGUGUCCCCCACUGUAAAGAGCCACUGAGACUGCUAGAGAUGUAUGUCACUGGGCUUUCAGUUUGCAAACCAUUCCAAUCUCAGGCAUGUUACUAGAAUGUUUUAAGGCAGUGGUUCCCAAACUUUAACAGCCUGCGAACCCCCUCCUAAAAAUGAAUAUUUCCAGGGAUUUAAGUUAAAAUUUCCUCUGCACUCCAUGGGGCUUUUGCUGCUGAACCCCGUUUACCGCCCCGGUCAACUGAGCUCCACUGAGCUCGGGCUGCAGGUCCCGCUGACCGCAGGGGCUCGGGGUGCCAGCCCCAACUGCUCGGUCCCGCUCUCCCUGGGGCUUGGGCUGCCAGCCCUGCGUGGACCACUGGGGUUCGGGUGGCCGGCUCCCCUGCUGAUGGGGUCAGGGCUCGGGCUGCCAGCCCCAACUGCCUGGCCCGCUCUCCCUGGGGCUCGGGCUGCCAGCCCUGCAACUGGGUCCCACCUUCUGCCUCUAAUGCCCAAGGUCCUCUGGCCGCCAUUAGUGAAAUUUUUCUGGUGAACCCCCUGUAACGUUCUGCGAACCACUGUUUUAAGGGAAACAAGGUCUUUUAUUAAUAUUAUUUAGCCAAGUUCCUUUACAAUGAAACACAAACCACAAUUUUUUUAGGGCCUGAUGAGUGAAUUAGAGGAGCAUUGUGAUGAAUGAGACUGACCAAGCAUGUGACACUUUGAACAUCUGAAUCCUACUUUGGUGGGAAACUACUCUACUGUAAAUAACCCCAUUACUAUUUUCUCAGCAAACAGCUAAGAUAAGGGGCUAGGAUAAGGGCCAUGUGUCAGGGCUGACCCAAUCUCUUCUAAACACACAAAUGAUUACAGAAAGCAGGUGAAUCUGUUCCAUGGGGAAGGUGGCACUUCAUCAAAAAAGCUUUCCCAGCUCCAACAGGGAAGCAUUACCCUCCUAAAAAAACCACCAAAUCAUUGCACCAUUGGAUGGAUCUUGAAAUUCAUGAGUAAUUAGAAUCAGGUACUACAAGUUACUUCAGUAUGGAAAGUUACUUUCAUUUUUGGGAGGGAGGUGACACAAAAACAAUUUUUUCUGCUUCCUCUCUGUGCAUUAGGCUGAAAAAUACAGGGAUUGGCAUUAUUUCCAUUAAUCACACUUUUGAACUUGUUCUCUCCUAAGAGUUAUAUUUCAAUCUACAUGAUUUGCCCAGCCUUACUUACAUUAGUGUAACAUUCAGGGCAUAAUAGAGCAUACUUUCAUUUUUCCACUCUGAAAUACUCCUGGAACUUGUUUUUUUAAUUUACAAUUUCUGGGUCGAUCCUGCUUCCUGGGCUUCCGGUCACUGGGAGAAGACAGCUGACAGAGCAGGAAACUGAAAAAGCAAAAGGGGAAGAUUAAAAAAGAAAAGGGGGGGGGGGUGG